AUGCAAGCCACAAGUAUGGAGAGCGCCACUGACAGUGACUCUCGCAUGUUUGUUCUGGAGGAGCAAGUGAAGACGUUAUCAGAGGAGCUUAUACAGUGCCAGGCAGACAAGGAGUUUGUGUGGUCUCUAUGGAAACGUCUACAAGUGGCAAAUCCGGACUUGACCCAGGCUGUCAGUUUGGUGGUGGAGCGCGGUUCAUCCAUGGAAACCCCUUUAAUGAAAGCACUCUCCUCCGCCGCUCCCGUUCCGGACAGCUACUCCGCUGCCAGCCAAGAGCUGGAGGCAGAACUGCACAGGACCUGGCAGGAGCUCUCCUCCUUGCAGAGCCACAGCAGCAGUCUGGCAGCCCAGCUCUCUGCCAAAGACCGGAAACUGAUGACAAAAGAGGGCCAACUCUCCCAACUCCGGAAGGACUGUGCGGAAGUACAAGCCCUGUACAAGCAAAGCACAGAGCAUGCAGCGGAUCAAAGCCAUCUGAUCCGACAACUAGAAGGACUCAACCUGGACACGCAGCGAGUCAUGAGGAACCAGGAGGAGGCUCACAACGCAGACGCUACCAACUAUCAAAAGCUAUACACUGAGCUGAGCCAGAGUUACCAGGCCCUGGUCUCUAGUGAGGCCCAGCUCCGACAGAGCCACCAGGAGCUCACGGACCAGUUAGCUCAGAAAGACCAGCAGCUUCUCCAGCUCCAGUCCCAGAUCCAACAACUGCAGCAAGCUCUGCCUCCACCGCAGCUCCCCACACAAACUCUGGAGACCGGCCCUUCUCCCAACAGGCAGACCAACUUUAAGGCAUCGCUGUCUGAGUCGGUUCUGAGACGCAGCCACAGCUUAGAGCAGGUGUCUGCUCACGAGUUUGACCCAGGGGUGCAGCAGAGGACCCUCACAAACCAUUCCAGAAGAUCUGUCACAAGACACAAGCGCUCCCGCUCUCUGUCCCCAGCCAGCAGUGUGGAGCUGAGAGGAGAGGGCAGACAGGAUGCAGAGACGAGGGUCCUGGAGCUCCAGGACAUGCUGCAGCUAAAGAUUGAGGAGAACGAGGAGUUGAGGAAGGCACAUGAUAACCGCCGAGAACGUCUGCGCCUCAUUCAGAGCAACUAUAGGACAAUAAAAGACCAGCUGAAGGAUCUGGAGAAGGCCAGUGGCACGUAA